GUAACGCAGUAGUCGAGCGCCAGUAGCUUGUUUCUACCUAAUUUUGCACAAGUAAGAUUUUACAAGAAAGUUGAGGACAUCACUAGCUGGGACUGUUCACGAAUCAAGUUUUGCAACACCCUGCACCUUGGUAGCCCCGCGCCAGAGGACAUCAAACAUAGCGUGGGAAGGCCAUAAACGUACUCCGAGCUGCUGCGGGUCCAGGAACCGGACCGGAAGGCAGACGCUCACCAUCCAGCUUCACCCGCUAGCCCGCCUCGAGCGCUGAGCAGCUAGGACACAUCAACCAGGCGCACUCCAGGGCUCUGAUUCGCCCCAGCUGUCAGGCAUGGACGCAGUGGCGCUUCAGGCUCUAGCUCGGGGACCUGCGACCUUGGCGCAGCAUCUGCCGGCAUGCACCCAGCUGCUGCAGCGAAGUCUUCCCGGCUUGGCUGCUGCCGCCCCCGCGGCCGCCGCUGGCUCGAACGCGAGCCCCGCUCCGGCUGCAGCCGCCCAGUAUGGCAGUGCUGCCAGUUGCGCUAACAGCAGUGGCAGCAGUAGCAGCACUGGCAGCGGCAAAACAGGCAGCGGCGCACCCGGACACGGCCGCCGCGGCGGCUGGCAUGGCCGGGGCUCAUGGACUGCCUCCUCCUCCUCCCACUGCUGGGCCUUGAGCGCCGCCGCCGCCGCCGCCGCGGCCGCCGCAGCUGUCGGCUCCAUGUCAGCUGUUGUGCUCGCAGACGCUCCUGGCAGCAGUGGGCCACUGCGUGACGCCGUAGCAGCCGCCAGCCAAGCCCUUGCAUCUGCCUGGACCGAGGUGGAGGAAAUGUUUGGCCGCGUCAACGCGCGUCUGCCCUCGUACGCACCGGUUUUGUCGGGAGCCGCGCCCAGUGCCGAAGAGGUGCACGGCGCCCUGGAGGUGACGGUGCCCAUUCGUGACGGCGCUGACGUGGACGGCAUCAUGCAGGAGAUGAGGCAGGGAUUCGGUCGCGGCAGCGUCAGCUACAGCGAGUCUGUGUUCGGCGCAUCUCGCACGGUGCAGCUGGAGGUGCGGCCCGACCCCCGCCGGCCCGAGGCCACAGUGCGCAUGCAGCUGUUCGUGCCGCCGCCCGGGGGCAGCGAGCAGGCGCAGGUGGUUGUGUCCAAGCGGUCCGCCUUCACGCCGGACGAGCUGGCGGCGCUGAAGCGGCUGGUGCUGGCUGCCAACAUCACCUCCUCAGAGGACCGCCCGGCCCGCGGCGCGCGUGCAAGGCGCCACGGCCUGCACGGCGGCGCUGGCUCGGAGGCCGAGAUGGAGGAGCUGAACCGGCAGAUGGAGGAGGCGCUGGGCGAGCUGGCGCGCGGCGUGUUUGGUGGCCUGCUGGGCGGAUCCUUGAGACACAUGUUUGAGGAGCUGCGGCGGGCGGGCGUGCCCGGCGUGCCCGGGGCGCAGGAGGGUGUCGCCGACGACGACCAGGGUUGGGGCCCGUUCACAGGCGGCCCACCGAGCGGGCCCUUUGGCGGCGGCUUCCCUCCCGGCGCGGGUGGCGGCGGCGGCCGUGGCGGCUAUGAGGCCGAGGCGGCCGAGCCGCCCGUGCGGCGGCCCAAGGUGUCUGCGGGCAGUGCGGGCGGACACGACUGGGGUAGCCCCGCGGCAGCGCGCGCCGUGGAGCAACUGCUGGCCAUGGGCGCGCAGGUUUUCCCACCCGGCGGCAAGGAGAAACUGGAGUGGGGUGUGCUGGCAGGCUACGACGAACAAAAGCGCACCAUCGAGGACUGCCUGCUGCUGCCGCUGCUGCGGCCCGACGUGUAUGCCAAGCUGGCACGCGCCACUCGUAAGACGUACGCCAACAACCGGCCGCGUGCGGUGCUGUUCGAGGGGCCGCCCGGCACAGGCAAGACCACCUCUGCGCGUGUCAUCAGCAGCCAGGCCGCGGUGCCGCUCAUCUACCUGCCCCUGGAGGCCGUGCUGUCCAAGUGGUACGGCCAGAGCGAGCAGCAGCUGGGGCAGGUGUUCAAGGCGGCUGAGGCUCUGGGCGGCGCCAUCAUCUUCCUGGACGAGCUGGACGCACUGGGAGGCAACCGCGAGGAGGGCGGCAUGCACGAGGUCAGCCGCCGCCUGCUGAGCGUGCUGUUGCGCGAGAUGGAGGGCUUCGACGCGGAGACCAAGAAGACGGUGGUGAUCGGCGCCACCAACCGCAAGACAGAUCUGGAUCCGGCGCUGCUGUCGCGCUUUGACCUGGUGCUCAGCUUCGGCCUGCCGGACGCGGCGUGCAGGAAGCUGAUCCUGAAGCAGUACGCGCAGCAGCUCAGUGACUCGGAGCUGGGGCAGCUGGCGGAACGCACGCCGGGCAUGAGCGGGCGCGACCUUCGGGACGUGUGUGAGCACACCGAGCGCCGCUGGGCAUCCAAGAUCAUUCGCGGCGAGGUGCGGGAGGAGGAGCUGCCGCCGCUGCGCGAGUACCUGGCCUCGGCGGCGGAGCGGGCCAGUGCGGUGCAGGCGGUGCAGGCGCAGGCCAGCAGCGAGGGCGCACUGCGGAGGCUUAUGAAUGGCGGCGGCGCCGCGGGCGGGCUGCCGGGGUGGUUCAAUCGGCAGCAGUAGGCGGUCUGAGCUCCUUUUCGUUGGGGCUUCAAGGCUGCGGCGCUGUUCUCUAAGGAGCACGGUACUGUAAGACGGUUAUGCGGGGUGCGAUUGUUGUUUUGUGGUUGGCGGCUGGGUGUGAACGAGACAGUCAAGACUCGUUCAAGGUGCCCCCCUCACGUGCGGCUUGUGCAACCUCUGGAUGUGGCUGGAUGUGCGAUGGGACAGGGUUUAGGCAGGUUGGCGAGGUCCCGUAGGGUGCAGCUGACGCCCAUACCCCAAGCAGACGGCAAACAAUGUGGCUGGAUGUGUCACCUGAAAGCGGUGCGGCUCUGGGCAAGCGUAGGCGUGCUCGCGUGCCUCGUGGGUUUCUGUUCCAGCUGCCAGGCCCGUGCCAUUCUGACUCAACCGCAAUCCAGAAGCCA